AUGGCCGCAACGGGCUUCUUCUCAACCAUUAUCAUCACCGCCAAAAGCCACCCAUUCUCCCUCCUCUUCCUCCUCCUAACCGCCUACCUCCUCCACAACCGCUACCACCGCAACCUCCACCGCAUCCCCGGGCCAUGGCUCCGCUCCAUCUCCACGCUCCCCCGCAUGUACUCCGUCUACCUUGGCCACAGCCACGACGACGACCUCGCCCUGCACCGGCAAUACGGCAGCGUGGUGCGCAUCGCGCCGAACCUCAUCUCAAUUAGCGACCCGCGUGCAAUCCCACAGAUUUACGGGCCUUCGAGUCACUUCCGCAAAUCGCGCUUCUACGAGCUGUCCGCCGUGCACGACGACGAAGGGCUGGUGCCGGACCCGUUCGUUUUGGCCGACCGGGCGCUGCACGCGCGCAUGAAGCGCAACGCUGCUAAUGCGUAUUCGAUGAAUGCGCUGGUGCGGAUGGAGCCGUGGUUGGAGGGGCCGACGGGGAGGUUGUUGGGGUUGCUGGAUGAGGCGGCGGCGGCGAGUGGUGGGGGGAAGUGCGAUCUGGGGGAGCUGCUGAGGAGGUAUGCUAUGGAUGCUGUGUUUUGCCUAACGUUUGGGAGGGAUUUGGAUUUCCUGCGGAAGGGGGAUCGGACGGGGAUGCUGAAGACGCUGGAUGUGUUUACGGACUACAUGGCCAUCUUCGGCCAAGUCCCCUGGACGCACCGCUUCCUCCUCGGCAACGCCACCGUCGCCAACUGGUUCCUCGGAGCCGGCGCCGCGAGCCAGGACGAGAUGAUGGCGCUGGCGCAAGACCAGGUUCGCCAGUAUCGCUCUUCCUCUUCUUCCUCCUCUUCCUCCUCAUCCUCGUCCUCGUCCUCCUCCGCAGACGCAGACGAACCAACCAAACCCACCACCUUCCUCCACCGCCUCCUCCACACCCAGCAAACCAACCCAUCCUCCCUCACCGACCGCGAAAUCCACACCCACGCCUUCGGCAACAUCACCGCCGGCAGCGACACGACGUCGACGGCCCUGCGCGCCGUCCUGCUCUGCCUGCUGCGCCACCCGGCCGCCUACGCGCGGCUACGAGACGAAGUCCGAGCAGAGUUCGGUGACGACGACGACGACUUCAACUCUGACGGCAGCGGUGGCGGCGGUCGUACCAACGUGACCUUCGCCCGCGCCAACGCCCUGCCCUACCUCCGCGCCGUCAUCCGCGAAGCGAUGCGGCUGCACCCGUCCGUCGGCAUGCUGCUCGGGCGCGUCGCGGACAGCGGGGCGGAUAUCUGCGGCGUGCGCGUGCCGCCCGGGACGGAGGUUGGGGUGAAUCCGUGGGUGGUGCAGCGGGAUGCGCGGGUGUAUGCCGAGCCGGAUGCGUUUGUGCCGGAGAGGUGGUUGUCCAAGUCUCGGGAUGGGGAGGAGGAGGGUGGGGAUGAUGGGGAGAAGGAUGUUGGGGAGAAAGACAGGCUGCGGGCGAUGAAUGCGAGUUUCUUCGCGUUUGGGGCGGGGCCGCACACGUGCAGUGGGCGGUGGAUGGCGUUGUUGGAGAUCACAACGUUGGUGCCGGUGUUGGUGUUAAGGUAUGAUUUUGAGCUGUGGGAGAAGGGGCGCGGGGUGGGGUUUCGCAAUCGGUGGUUUACGCAGCAGUGGGGGGUGGAGGUUGUGGUGAGGAGGAGGAGGAGCGGGGGAGGGGAGGCGGAGGGGUGA